AUGAAGUGCUACUGCUGUGAUACGGACCUGUGUAACGGCGCUGGGACGGUUGGGAAGAACCUGCUGCUCCUGCUGGUGCCCCUGGCCUCCAUCUUUGUAACACAGAGAUUUGUUCACUGCUACACUGAGAUGUCUGUGAAGAUGUCAUCACUCAUCAUGAUGCUCCUCCUAGCCACCAUGCUGGCCACUGCAGAUGCCUUGCAGUGUCACGUCUGUAAUCGCAAAGACUGUUUCCCAUCUCCAAUUACCUGUCCUCCUGGUACUGAUAGCUGUAUUAAAGCAGUUCAUGUGACAGGUGCCGUACUGAAGGCUUGUGUCCCAAAAACUUUUUGUGACGAAGAAGAACCUAAUAUGAAGCGCUACUGCUGUGAUACGGACCUGUGUAACGGCGCAGGGACGGUUGGCAAGAACCUGCUGCUCCUGCUGGUGCCCCUGGCCUCCAUCUUUGUGCUGUCCUGAGCUGACACCUGCUCCAUUGGCUCCAGCCUCUGUGCUGGUUCAUACAGCAUAGUA